AUGUCGCAAAAUCGGCCUGCUGCCUUUUCGAGCUUGAGAAUGGGAGAGGUAAUUCGCGAAAAGGUUCAAGAUGGCGUUACGGGCGAAACUCGAGAUAUGCAAUAUACACAAUGUAAGAUUGUGGGAAAUGGUUCCUUUGGUGUUGUCUUUCAGACAAAGCUGUCACCUUCGGGUGAAGAUGCUGCCAUCAAACGCGUGUUGCAAGACAAGAGAUUCAAGAAUCGUGAAUUGCAAAUCAUGCGCAUUGUUCGUCAUCCCAACAUUGUCGAAUUAAAGGCAUUCUAUUACUCGAAUGGCGAGCGAAAGGAUGAAGUAUAUCUUAAUCUAGUGCAAGAGUUCGUUCCCGAGACCGUCUAUCGCGCAUCAAGAUAUUUCAACAAGAUGAAGACUACCAUGCCGAUCAUCGAGGUGAAGCUUUAUAUCUACCAACUCUUCCGCGCCCUCGCCUACAUCCACUCUCAAGGCAUCUGCCAUCGUGAUAUCAAGCCACAAAAUUUACUUCUAGACCCUAGCAGUGGAAUAUUGAAGUUGUGUGAUUUUGGUAGUGCAAAGAUACUCGUAGAGAACGAGCCAAACGUGUCAUACAUUUGCUCCCGCUACUACAGAGCACCAGAGUUGAUUUUCGGUGCUACUAACUACACAACUAAGAUUGAUGUCUGGUCAACUGGUUGCGUGAUGGCAGAAUUAAUGCUUGGACAACCCCUCUUCCCUGGUGAAUCUGGUAUUGAUCAACUGGUCGAAAUCAUCAAGGUUCUGGGCACACCUACUCGAGACCAAAUCCGUACCAUGAACCCGAAUUAUAUGGAGCACAAGUUCCCACAGAUCAAACCACACCCGUUCAACAAGGUCUUCCGCAAGGCCGACGCUAGUGCCAUUGAGCUUAUCUCGAAAUUGCUAGAGUACACUCCUACAGAGAGACUUUCAGCCAUUGAAGCUAUGAUACACCCGUUCUUUGACGAGUUGCGUGAACCAGAUAAGACAUUCCCGGAUUCCCGCCACCCUGGCAAUUCAUCAAAGAACCUCCCAACUUUGUUUGACUUUUCUCUUCAUGAAUUAUCUAUCGCCCCUGAACACAAUCAACGGCUGGUUCCGCAAUACAUGCGAGCGAGUUUGGUAGAGCGGGAUAGCAAACUCGACAUUGAUAGCCCAGAUUUCAAACCAUUGACGAGAGAUGCGAUGGUGGCAAGAUUAGAUUGA